GUACGAAUGAAUUUGACCCAGAUUCAACAUGCCUUCGUAUGGCGUAGCUAUGUUAAGAUCAAACAAAAAAAAGUGAUUUAAAAUUUCAAAUACCAGACGGCAUAGUUUUUGUCUUCUUGAUGGAUAAUUAACGCGCGAUAUUUUACAAGAUAAAAAGAUGUCAACAAUAGAAAACGAGAGAUACAUGCGCUAUAUACUUCUCCUUGGUGUGGGAGGAACGCUAGUACUUAAGGAAAAUCUUAAAAUGGAAACGAGCAAAGCCUCCAAACCCAUUGAAGAAUUACUGAAGGCUAAUGAAACUACACUGACAAGGAAGAUGGACACGUAUACAAAUAAGAAAUUAUUUGGUUCUAGCGGAAAUCAAGAUGUUGAUACGUGGGACAUAUCGCUAUUAGCGACUGUGAUUCUACAUCUCUUUGAUAACAGUAUCACACAAGAUAUCAAAGAGUGUAUCAAAUCUCUUAAAGAAAUGAGGAACACAAUUGCCCAUGCAGCAUCUAUGUCCUUAAAUGCAGACGAAUAUGACAAGAAAAGGAAAGCUAUUGCUGCUAUCAUUAUCAAAUUGUCCACUGGAUUAAGCCAGAUGGUUCAUGACGAAUGCCAGGACCUUAUAAAGAAAUUUGCAGCAGGUCCCAUAGAUAUAGUUUCAGCUACAAAAACAGUCGAAGAAUUAAGAAAAUGCGACAAAGAUGUCUGUACUAUUCUCGAAUCUCUUUUGCGGGAAAUGACAGUGGUUAUGAAUAAAGUGAACGGCAUAUCAACUGAAUUGGAAGGCCUUUCAGGUAAUAUGGCAGCCAUGUCAACUGAAAUGAAUGGUAUUUUAUCUGAAGUGCGAGCUUGUUCAACUAAGAUGGAAGAUGUUGCAACUAGAGUGGAAUGUAAUUCAGCUAGAUGGGAAAAUUCUUCACGUGAAGUAGAAGUGCAUUCAGCUCAAUUAGAAGUUAUAGGGAAUGAAAUGGCAGAAAUAAAACUGCUACUGCAGAAGAUUAUCGCUCAAGACAAAUGCGAUACGGAAUCAUCUCGAGAAUUAAGAACAAAAAUGACUUUGAAAGGACCAAAUGAUCACUUAACAAAGGCGACUGAAGAAUCUGUUACUUGGUAUCUCAAUUCUAUUUCAACGAAAGCUAAAGAGGGAGACGAGUCCUUACAAAAAGUCCACACUAUUUUGAGGUCGAUCUGGUCCGAUAUAGAAAAUUGUACUGGGGCUAAAGUUACGGAAGUUGAAUAUAAAUGCAUACUUAUUAAAAUAAGAUGCAAUAAUUGUAAAGGACUACUACAACUUCUCGAAUACCUAGAGAGUAGCUUGUUCAAACAACGCCUGCAUGAAUUAUCCAAAGCCUUAGAGGAGACGUACAAGGAGCGUUUCGAUGUUUCAUUUAUAAUAGACCCUGAUGACUUGAAAAACAUUUUAUGUGACCUCAAGGACUAUGAUAAAGAAAAUGGUAACAUCGGGCACGAUGAAAUCAAUGCUGAUAGAUAUACCGAUGCUUCCACAAAAGUCAUUGAAUUCGAGACACCGCAAGAGAAGCCAUUAGACAUGGUAGAUAUAGAAGCAAAGUUGCGGAAAUAUCGUCAUGAAUUUGAGAAGUGUUUAAAAGAUCCAUCUAUAGUUUCUCAUCUUUUAGCAAAAUCUGUCAUAACCGACGUGGAUGCUGCAAGAAUAAAGAAUCUAUACAUAGACAGAGAGACAGUAAAGGCAUCCCAAGAGUUGUUAGAUGCAGUGUUUACGUCCGAAGCUCCUGGUAAAUGGAGAUCAUUUGUUGAUUCCCUUGAAAGUGCAGAAUAUCCUUACCUGAAGAAAUUACUUUCAUACCAAAAUAUAUAUGACGCAUUUACAUCAUCACGUGCUCAGAAAAUCUUGAGUUUUUUUACACCAUAUCUUGAACAAAUCAUAUGUGCACACGAGUUUGUAUCAGAGUUGAGGUCAAGAGGAGUCAUAAAUGCGGCUGAUAGGAAUCUUAUCCUAAAAACAUAUGAAACUAAGGGCGGAAUAUACACAGCGAUGAUUCUCCUAGAUAGUAUGCAGUGUAGGCAAUCACCCCAGGAUUGGUAUUAUCAGUUCCUUGACUUACUGAUGAAGAAGAAAUGCGAACAUAUAGUGAAAGAAAUGGAACCUGACUUUAUAGAUAAUCCUUCAGCAUUUAUGCCAACGCAAGGUACAAUCAUAUCAAAUAAGAAAGAAGACAUUAUUAUAUAUCAAAGAAAAAAAAUUGAAGAAGAACAAGACGCAUUCGGGUCAUUACAUGAACAUUUUGUUGAAGGAGAUAUUAAACGCAACGUACCUCUUCGAAAUGUUUCAAGAUAUACCGAUGCUUCCACAAAAGUCAUUGAAUUCGAGACACCGCAAGAGAAGCCAUUAGACAUGGUAGAUAUAGAAGCAAAGUUGCGGAAAUAUCGUCAUGAAUUUGAGAAGUGUUUAAAAGAUCCAUCUAUAGUUUCUCAUCUUUUAGCAAAAUCUGUCAUAACCGACGUGGAUGCUGCAAGAAUAAAGAAUCUAUACAUAGACGGAGAGACAGUAAAGGCAUCACAUGAUUUGUUAGACGCAGUGUUUACUUCCGAAGCUCCUGGUAAAUGGAGAUCAUUUGUUGAUUCCCUUGAAAGUGCAGAAUAUCCUUACCUGAAGAAAUUACUUUCAUACCAAAAUAUAUAUGACGCAUUUACAUCAUCACAUGCUCAGAAAAUCUUGAGUUUGUUUACACCAUACCUUGAACAAAUCAUAUGUGCACACGAGUUUGUAUCAGAGUUGAGGUCAAGAGGUGUCAUAAAUGCGGCUGAUAAGGAACUUAUCCUAAAAACAUAUGAAACUAAGGGCGGAAUAUACUCAACGAUGAUUCUCCUAGAUAGAAUGCAGUGUAGGAAAUCGCCCCAGGAUUGGUAUUAUCAGUUCCUUGACUUACUGAUGAAGAAGAAAUGCGAACAUAUAGUGAAAGAAAUGGAACCUGACUUUAUAGAUAAUCCUUCAGCAUUUAUGCCAAAGCAAGGUACAAUCGUAUCAAAUAAGAAAGAAGACAUAAUGGACAGUCAAAGAAAAGAAUUUGAAGAAGAACAAGGCGCAUGCGGGUCAUUACAUGAACAUUUUGUUGAAGGUAAAUGUUAUUUUAAUAUACAUUAA